CCCUGAUGGACGACACUUGGGGCUCUGAGCUCUGCUUCCCCAAUUUCAACUCCUCCUGCAGGCGUCUGCUGCGACCACACUCUGAGACUCUUCUACUCUACACCCUAGUUGCAUCUGUCUCUCUGCUCACUGUGACACUCAAUUUGCUCGUCAUCAUCUCCAUCUCCCACUUCCGGCAGCUCCACACCCCGACCAACACUCUGCUCCAGUCCCUGGCUGUGUGUGACCUGGGACUGGGGCUGCUGGUGAUGCCUGUUGAAGGCCAGCACUACAUUGAGAGAUGCUGGCUGCUGGGGAGGAUAAUGUGUGCUCUGUCUACUUAUCUGUUUUUUUGUCUGGCUUGUGGUGCUCUGGGCCACAUGGUGCUCAUAUCCAUUGACCGUUAUCUGACUAUCUGUGACCCACUGAUCUACUCCUCUAAGGUCACUGUGACUAAAGUUAAAAUCUGUAUCUGUCUCUGUUGGGUCUGUUCAAUUACCUACAACGGGUUCAUUCUAAUGGACCACAUGGGGCAGCCUGACAGGUUCAGCUCCUGUUAUGGGGAGUGUGUGGUGGUCAUCAACCAGAUCUCAGGAACUAUUGACAUGUUUAUAACCUUUAUUGGGCCUUGUACUGUCAUGGUUGUGCUGUAUAUGAGGGUGUUUGUAGCUGCCCUUUCUCAGAUGCAUGUAAUUCAGUCACAGGCUGCUGCUGCUACCAAGGCAAGAGCAGCUCCAACUGCUAGGAAAUCACAGCCCAAGGCAGCCAGGACUCUGGGGAUUCUGAUAGCUGUGUUUGUAUUAUGUAUCUGCCCGUACUACUAUCCCGUUCUUGCAGGUGUAGUCAUCUCCUCUGACAUGUCCUAUUAUCCCAUUUUGUUUUGGUUGUGGUUACUGAACUCUUGUCUAAACCCUCUGAUUUAUGCCAUGUUCUACCCCUGGUUUAGAAAAGCUAUCAAACUCAUCAUCACACUCAGAAUACUGCAGGAUAACUCCCGGGAGGUCACGAUCUUGUAG